GGUCCCGGCGGCUGGAUGGGCAGCGGCGGCGCGGGCCGCGGGCGGCGAUGGGCGAGGAGCAGAGCACGGUGAGCGGCGGCGGCGGGCCCCAGGAGUCGCAGACCCUGACCGGUGGCACUGCGGGCCACCCCGAGCCCCCGAGGCCACAGGGGGACAGCGCCCGGCCGCCCCCGCUGUGCGCCGCCUCCGCUGAGCCGAGCGGCGGUGGCUGUGGAAGCGACUGGGGCUGCGCGGACACCAGCGCCCCGGAGCCGGCGAGGAGCUCGGGGGCCCCGAGCUGGAGGCAGAGCCGAGCACCGGCGCAGCCUGCGGGACUGGCACUCGCCGGGCCUCUCAACCCUCAGACCUUGCGACUGCAGUUGGAGCUGGAGGAGGAAGAGGAGGAAGCUGGGGACCGAAAAGAGGGAGGGGAUGAACAGCAGGAGGCGCCCCCAGGCGAGGAGCUGGAGCCCGGGACCCGCGCGGGGGCCGCCGACGGACUGGUGCUGGACGUGCUGGGUCAGCGGCGCCCGCCCCCCGCCAAGAGACAAGUCUUUUGCUCCGUGUACUGCGUGGAGAGCGACUUGCCCGAGGCCCCUGCCUCGGAGCGGCUCUCGCCGCCCGCGUCGCCACUUGGGGCUCCGUCAGUGCCGAACCCUCCCAGCACCCGCUCUUCCUUCCCCAGCCCCCGGCUGUCCCUCCCAGCGGAUUCCCUGUCCCCCGACGGCGGCAGCAUCGAGCUGGAAUUCUACCUGGCGCCCGAGCCGUUCUCCAUGCCCAGCUUGUUGGGAGCUCCACCCUACUCUGGCCUGGGCGGUGUAGGGGAUCCCUAUGGGCCCCUCAUGGUGCUGAUGUGCCGGGUGUGCCUGGAAGACAAACCCAUCAAGCCCCUGCCUUGCUGCAAGAAGGCCGUGUGCGAGGAGUGCCUCAAAAUCUACCUGAGCGCCCAGGUACAACUUGGCCAAGUAGAAAUCAAAUGCCCAAUAACAGAGUGUUUUGAAUUCUUGGAAGAAUCAACUGUUGUCUAUAACUUAACGCAUGAAGACUCCAUCAAGUAUAAGUACUUCUUGGAACUUGGCCGUAUUGAUUCCAGCACCAAGCCGUGUCCUCAGUGCAAGCACUUUACAACCUUCAAGAAAAAAGGACAUAUUCCCACCCCUUCCAGAUCAGAAAGCAAAUACAAAAUCCAGUGCCCUACCUGCCAAUUCAUCUGGUGUUUUAAGUGCCACUCUCCUUGGCAUGAAGGUGUUAACUGCAAGGAGUACAAAAAAGGAGACAAAUUGUUGCGUCACUGGGCCAGCGAAAUUGAGCAUGGGCAGAGGAAUGCCCAGAAGUGUCCGAAGUGCAAGAUCCACAUCCAGAGAACUGAAGGAUGUGACCACAUGACCUGCUCACAAUGUAACACUAAUUUUUGUUAUCGAUGUGGGGAGAGGUACCGCCAGCUCCGAUUUUUUGGAGACCACACAUCAAACCUCAGUAUAUUUGGAUGCAAAUAUCGCUACCUCCCGGAAAGACCUCAUUUAAGGAGAUUAGUGCGAGGGUCAGUCUGUGCUGGAAAAUUAUUCAUUGCACCUCUAAUUAUGGUUUUGGGAUUGGCACUAGGGGCCAUAGCAGUUGUAAUCGGUUUAUUUGUAUUUCCUAUCUAUUGCCUUUGUAAAAAACAGAGGAAACGAUCACGGACAGGUAUGCACUGGUAAAAUGCAGUUGAUUUCAUCCAAAUAAGCUGGUUUGAGUAGGAGUGAUAUAGAAUGGUACACCCAUCUGUGAGUCACAUCUUGAAAAAUACUGAGAGGAACCUUCUACCAUCUCAUCUCCCAGUGAUUCUCCGUGGGCCAUAAUGCCUCUAGCUAUGGUGCACUCCCAACAUGGUAUCCUGUCCUUUCCCUAAACAAAUUGCUGCUGCUUUUAAAAAAUGGUCACUUUCAUAAACUAUAAACAUCUAUAUCAUAACUCUGCCCUUUGUGGUUCUUGGAAGAAGAUACUUUAGGAACAGUUAUCCUCAGAAUUCUUCUGAGCACGCCUCUUCUGAGAAUUGCUUGGACUGUCUUUGAACUCUGCACCUCCUUCCAGGCCAUCUUGUGAGACUUGGUAUGAAUAGCUGAAGUCCCAUCUGUACCAACAAGCAAGGCCACUUUUCAGAAGAUAAGAGUUCACUGAAUGCACCUAUUAUAAUCUGUGGCCCAAGCAGUAUAAUUCCUUUAUCCAUCAAAUGUUAAAAGCCUCAAUGUCCAAAAGGGAAUGAAUGAAAGUAAAUUAAUGAGAAGAAUACUAAGUUACUGAAGUGUAUAUGUGUAGAGGUGUGAAUGUGUGUGUAUAUAUAAAUAUGUAUUAAAACUAGGCCUAAUAACCUUGUAUUUAUCCAGUUCCAUACCGCUACACUAUUUUUCCACAUUUUCAUAGACCUAUUGAAAGAUGAUGGUUCCUUUGUGGACGUAAUUUGGCAAUGUAUUGAAUUAAAGUCAAUGUAGACAACAGGCUAUUUCGAUGCUGA